AUGCUGCUCGCACCUCUCGUCGAGAACGUCUCGCUCCUCCUGGCAGGACAGCUUUUAUUGCUGGCAGUGGGCGUAUUGACGGUCGGGUACUGUGUAUAUAACAAGUUCCUGCACCCGCUACGCUCGUUUCCAGGCCCCUUUUUGGCCAGCAUCACUCCACUCGUUCAGCUUUAUCACGGACUCAAUGGCGACCGUCAUCUCUGGCUUGCCGAAUUGCACGAGAAAUAUGGCACCCAUGUCCGUGUAGCUCCAAACUUCAUCUCCGUCAACACCGUCCAGGGUCUCCAUGAUAUCUACGGUCACGGAAAGAAAGUCAAGAAGUCGAACUUCUACAAUGCUUUCCCUGCCAUCAAGGGAGUGUACAAUACGCACAAUGUCAUCGACAAGACCAUCCAUGGUAGAAAGAGACGUGUUCUCAGCCAGGCUUUCUCGGAAAAUGCUCUCAAGGGAAUGGAGGAUGUCAUGCUCACCAACGUCCGUCAGUUCUGUGACAUCAUGGGAGGUGAUGCUCCCGGUCUUGACUCUGAUAGAUUCCUCAACGAGAAGGGCGUUGCUACCAGAAACAUGGCUGACUGGUUUGCCUACUUGACCUACGAUGUCAUGGGAGAGCUCUGCUUCGGUAAGAGUUUCGGCAUGCUGAUUGAGCGCGGAAAGAGAGAUGUCAUUGCUCUUGUCGACAGAGCUGCUUUCAGACACUAUGUCUGUGGUUUAUGGAUGCCCCUCGACAGCUGGCACCUGGAUCAGAUAUUCAUCCACAAGCUUACUAACGACCGAUGGAACUUCAUCAAGAACUCUCGAGUCGAAGCUACUCAGCGUGCCAAAGAACGAACCAUGGCCGGCCAUGAGGCCAAGAAGGACUUCUUUUAUUACCUUCUCAAUGCAAAGGACCCAGAAACUGGCAAGGGACUUGCUACCCCUGAACUCUGGAGUGAGAGCAACGUCCUUAUGAUUGCUGGAACUGACACUACCUCUACCGGUCUCACUGCCACCAUCUUCUACCUUGUCCGAAACGCCAACGCCCUCGAGAAGCUUAAGAAAGAGAUCCGGUCCAACUUCACUGACGUCGAGGACAUCGUCACCGGCUCCAAGCUCAAUGAUAUGGUUUACCUCAAGGCCUGUAUUGACGAGGCCAUGCGUCUCGCCCCCGCUGUACCCGGAGCCAUCCCCCGUGAAGUUCUACCAGGUGGUAUUGAAGUCGACGGCGUCUACCUCCCGGCCGGAACUGACUGCGGAACCCCGACUUAUGCCAUCCACAGACACCCAGACUACUACCGUGAGCCCACCAAGUACAUUCCAGAGCGUUGGAUUGAGGGUGCGAUGUGUCAGGCCGACAGUGGAAUGUGGGUUUCGACCAAGGACUCUGUUGACAUCGCCCGACGAGCCUUCUGCCCCUUCUCAAUCGGGCCCCGUGGCUGUAUUGGAAAGAGUAUGGCUCUCAUGGAGAUGCGUCUCACCAUUGCCCGUAUGAUGUUCCUAUUCGACAUCGAGAUCGCCGACAGGACUGGUGAAGAUGAAAACGGCCACCUCGCUAUGGUCGACCACUUUACCAGCCAAAAGAACGGACCAAACAUCACCAUUCGAAAGCGCCAGCAGUAA